AUGCCAAUAUCAAAUGCAAUGGAUGUGGACAAUACUUCGAAAAAGUGGGGACAACUUGGUUCACCGGUAAAAAUUAUGCAAUGUUUUAGCACAACCGGUGGAGUUGCUCGGCCCCUACCAGAUGCUAAUGAAUGUGGCGAUGCUAUACCUGAAUGUGAAAAGGUCUUCGGACUACCUCCAACUAUUAAACUCAGUAAUAAAAAUAUGUAA